GAGCUUGCUCGCCCAAUACUCCCCCUCCCACCUCUCUCUCUCUCCCUGGCACAUACACACUCUGAGGGAGAGGCAGUGUGUGAGCUGCGGACCCUGCCGUGUGGACUGUAUUGAAGAGAGGAGAAGAGAGGAGCGCAGUGGCAGACUCUACCAUGCCAGUGCAGGGAGAAAGGCUGAAGCGCUGUCUCUGUCUCUGGAGCCGGAGUCCUCUGCUGUUGCUUGGACUGUUCUCUCUUCACGCACAAGCACAGGGCAAUAUAUUGGACAUGCCGCGAAGAGCAUCCAGUAAGGAGGCAUCGGAGAGUGGGAAGGAGGCCAGUGGCAGCACAGCUCCUGCUUCCUCCUCCGAGGGGAUCCUGUUGUGUCACUGUUAUCACCACUGCCCUGAAGACUCACCCAAUAACACAUGCAGGACCGAUGGCUACUGUUUCACCAUGGUACAGGAGGAGGACGACGGGGUAUCGUUCGAGAAAGCAGGAUGUCUUGCGCUGGACGGAUCAGAAUUUCAGUGUCGGAACACGGGGAACGCACGUCAAAGGAGAUCAGUGGAGUGCUGUUCAGACGAAGAUUACUGCAAUAAAAACUUGCAUCCUACACUGCCACCACUUAAACCACCUCUCUAUGUUGAUGGGAAGAUCCACCACAUGGCCUUGUUGGUCUCAGUCACUGUGUGCAGCAUCAUACUGGCCUUCAUUAUAGUGUUCUGCUACUUCAGGUAUAAGCGCCAGCAGUCUCGUCCUCGGUACCGUAUUGGUCUGGAGCAGGACGAGAGCUACAUUCCCUCCGGAGAGUCUCUGAGGGAGCUGAUCGAGCAGUCUCAGAGCUCUGGCUCUGGCUCAGGGCUCCCUCUGCUGGUGCAGCGAACGAUAGCCAAGCAGAUCCAGAUGGUGAAGCAGAUAGGCAAGGGGAGGUAUGGAGAGGUGUGGAUGGGCAGAUGGAGGGCAGAGAAAGUUGCCGUUAAAGUUUUCUUCACCACUGAGGAGGCCAGUUGGUUCAGAGAGACUGAGAUUUACCAGACUGUUCUGAUGAGACAUGAGAACAUCCUCGGUUUUAUAGCUGCUGAUAUUAAAGGAACUGGCUCCUGGACCCAACUCUACCUAAUCACUGACUACCAUGAAAAUGGCUCUUUGUAUGACUACCUCAAAUCAACCACUCUCGACAAUAAAGCCAUGCUGCGGCUGGCCUACUCCUCUGUGUCUGGCCUCAGUCACCUCCACACUGAGAUCUUUGGCACCCAGGGCAAACCUGCCAUUGCCCACAGGGAUCUAAAGAGCAAGAACAUACUAGUAAAAACAAAUGGGACCUGCUGUAUAGCUGACCUGGGACUGGCAGUCAAGCUUAUCAGUGACACCAAUGAGGUCGACAUCCCUCCCAACACCAGAGUGGGCACAAAGCGCUACAUGCCUCCGGAGGUUCUGGAUGAGACUCUGAACAGAAGUCACUUUCAGUCGUACAUCAUGGCUGACAUGUACAGCUUCGGGCUGAUUCUCUGGGAGAUCGCACGGCGUUGUGUCUCAGGAGGGAUCCUUGAAGAGUACCAGUUGCCAUACCAUGAGUUGGUGUCUACAGACCCUUCAUAUGAAGACAUGAGAGAGGUGGUCUGCAUCAAAAGACUACGACCAUCAUUUCCUAAUCGGUGGACCAGCGAUGAGUGUUUGAGACAGAUGGGGAAGCUGAUGACAGAAUGCUGGGCCCACACCCCGGGCUCCCGCCUCACAGCCCUACGGGUAAAAAAGACACUUGCCAAGAUGUCAGAAUCGCAGGACAUCAAGCUGUGAGCAGGCCCUUCCAGGUGUGUGUUUACACAGGCGCGGAAAAGGCUCUUACUGUCACACUGGCUCUGGUCCAGGAUGCACUAUCCUUGGAAAAGGAGGAGGAACAGGAAGCAUGAUCACCACUUGGAAAUCGCAGGAUCACACACUUCGAGUCCAGAUGCACAGAACACGAGAGUCCAGGUCCCCCUUUGAAAGAAUGUAUAACAGGAUUACGGUGGUAAACUCAAAGUGAAACUCAUUAAAAACAAUCCGUCCGACCCUGUUCUGUCGAUCAGAGAAGAUGAGUCAUUUUCAUUUCAGACUAGUUUAAGGACUCUAAAUCCAGUUUCUUGUUCACAUGCUCCAAAAGCCCUGGAGAAAAGAUAUGUAAGUUUAACUUGGCACUGUAGCUGCAGAGAUAUGCCGACACGCUACUGACUAGUGAGUGGAAUACUAUAUCAAUGCUUUCUGUGAAAGCUAGCCUACCUGUAGAUGAAGGUCCCAUUGAUAAAGCAUUAGGCUUAUUGCAGCAUGACACCUCCUUUCUAAACAGUCGACCCACUACUGCCUUUAUGUUCCAAUUGGAUUGAACACUUGUGUCACUCUUGAGUUGCUUUAGGUCGCAAUGACUGACAAUAUGUGGCAGAACAAGUGUUUGUUGAGGCUAAAAGUUUUGUUUACGCUGUAAGGUUUUCAGACACUGAAGAAAAGGUACACCUGUAUUUUUUAAUUAUAAUGAUGUGUCAAAAAUGCAACAGCUUGUUUUUCAUGUAAAACUCAAACUCUUCUUUGUGAAAAAAUAAAGUUGAUAUGUCCAAAUAAAUUCUGGAUAGAGGCUCUACAUGCCUGUGUUCCCUUGCCCUGCUUUAGGAAAAGGGGCUUUGCAGUAAUAAUGCCAAUGAAGCAGAACGGUGCCACCCAUAGGUGCUCCGCAGCAAUUUCAGGAAGGAAGGUCUGACAAGGCAAUCAGAAAUUGUUGUACACAACUGUAUUGAUGACUUCUCUGAUGUAGUGAUCUAUUUUAAAUGUGUGUAAUUGUGCCUGUGUUAGUUUAGGGGUUCAACAAGUCGUUUUUCAUUCAGACACUCCCAAUAAAAUCGAGUAUGAUUAUGUGUGUGUGUUAGACAGCCGGACCAGAAGCCUACACUAAAGAUAUAAUAGCCACACACAGUUUUGUUGAAAAAGCGACUGGUCCUAGAAAUCAUCCUCUAUCGUCCCCAAACCAACACUAGGUUUACCCAGUAAACAUCGAAAGGUCCUUUCUUUCUGACCACCAGGCUGCCUCAUACAUUAAAGUACAUAUUAGGCUGAUUCACCAUAAUAAACAGCUGACACACGGAAAUCUAAUGGCAGUAGAGUCGUUAAAAAAUCAAUCAGCUGCCUUUUUUCCGGGGAACUUCUCUGCUGAUUCAAAUUCUCACAUGGUAGCAGUCAAGUAUUAGGAAGAUUAAACAGCCUUACCGCCUCAGUAUGAAAUAUUUCUGAAGGUACAGUAAAUGUGGACAGCUUUCAUCAUCACAGUAAGCACAUUCUUAGGUUGUCUGCUACCACAUCCAAUCAUUGUAAUUAUUUUUAGUCCAUUUGUAAAAUCCUUGAUAAACUUUCCUUCAGGUCAAUGAGUAGUCUUUUUGUUUGUUUUAAAUCUUUGCCAACUAAAAUCGUGGGAUUCUUUGUAAUUGUUGAUUGAUGUGUUGUGUUAUACACGCCCUCUCUUUCCUCUUGGAUGGUGUGCCUUAUUUAAUAUGUACCUACUGUAGUUGUCUGUGAGAGAAAGUGGUGUUUCUAAUUCAGUAAAAAGGUUGAACAUUCCCCCAAUAAAGUGUUUCACUCAUG